AGUAGACUUUACAUUUGUGCAAGGAAGUGUCACAAUGACGGCAGAACUUGAAUCUGAAAGUAUUCACGCAAAGCAGGCCACUCGAUCCGGUCAUUGCAAACUGGAAGUUUGGAAGUUGUCAAGCGGUACGAGAAUCCGAAUCCGAAAGGAGAAUAUAUAUUGGGCAAGCAUGGAGCCAAAGCAGGAGACGUUGAAGAAACCCGACUCUGGUCAACUUAAGCAUAUCAGGCAACAGAUACUAUUGGCCAAUGUCCAGGAGCUGAUCAAGAAGAUGACGCAUCGCUGCUUCAGAAUCUGCAUCGUGCGGCCGGGCCCCACGCUAACAACCUCUGAGCGGGACUGCGUCUCCAACUGCGCGGAUCUCUUCAUGAAGUCGGUCCAACGGGUGUCGCAGCAAUACUUCCGCCGCAGGCAAUGGCAGCAGCAACGCCGCCUAGCAAAUGCCACUGCCCCUGCCGCUUCUUCUUCAUUAUCGGACAAUAAAAAAGUUUAA